AAAUUGGUAGGAGACGUCUGGAAGAAAGCGAGUCUCCCGGGUAUUUCAGCACUUCGGCAGAAAGGGUGGGGGCAUUCCUCCCGCCGGCUCUGGGGGUGCCUGGCACAAGCAGCCCGGGCUUAAUUGCGGCUGGCAAGGUUGGGGUGGCGCGGUAACUCUCCAGCUGCUCGGUGCUGCAUCCCGGUCCCGGCCCGCGCCGCCUCGCCGCCGCGCCCCGCCCCACUGUGUCCCCGCAGCCUCGUGGGCUGCCGGGCUUUGUGGUUCGCCUGUGCGGCUGGGCCCCUGCUGGGGGUGUCGUUACGAGCAUGUGCAGACAGCAGCCCAAGCCUUCAGGAUAAUUCCUUCAACAGCACCGCUGUAACAGAGUGUGACGAAGACACAGUCUCCCUACAUGAAGACCAGAUUGAUUGCUCCAGUCUCAGAGAUGAAAACAAUAAAGAGAAUUACCCGGACGCCGGGGCGCUGGUAGAGGAGCGCGCGCCGCCCCUGCGCGAGGCCCCCCAGCAUGUAGAGCAGAGCGUGCUGCUGGACGGAGCGCUGCGACCCAGCAUGGGCAACUUCAAGUCCCGGAAGCCCAAGUCUGUCUUCAGAGCAGAGAGCGGGAGGAGCCACGGAGAAAGUCAGGAGACAGAGCACGUGGUGCCCAGCCAGUCAGAGUGUCAGGAGAGAGCAGGAACGCCAGCUCAGGAGAGUCCACAAAAUAAAACCUUCAGGUGCCAAGAAACAGAGCGACUUCAACCAAGAAUAGACCAGAGGGCUGCCAUUUGGCCAAAGGAUGCUUUUGAAACUCAGCAGGACUUAAAUGAGGAAGAAGCUGCCCAGGUGCAUGGAGUGAAGGACCCAGCCCCAGUGUCAACCCAGAGCGUGCCAGCCGAUGGGGCGGAUUCCGCAGACCCCACGCCAGUCCACAAAGACGGGCAGAAUGAAGCCGACAGCACACCAGACGACCUCCAGUCUGUGGGGACCAGCAGGCUGCUCUAUCACAUCACUGACGGUGACAACCCGCUGCUGUCACCCCGAUGCUCCAUCUUCAGCCAGAGCCAGAGAUUCAACCUAGACCCAGAGUCAGCCCCAUCUCCACCCAGCACACAGCAGUUUAUGAUGCCCCGGAGUUCUUCGCGAUGUGGCUGUGGAGAUGGUAAGGAGGCACAGACCAUCACCCAACUCACCAAGCACAUCCAGAGCCUCAAGCGGAAAAUUAGGAAAUUUGAGGAAAAAUUUGAACAAGAAAAGAAGUACCGGCCUUCACAUGGUGACAAGAUUUCUAAUCCCGAAGUCCUGAAAUGGAUGAACGAUUUGGCUAAAGGUCGUAAGCAGCUCAAAGAACUAAAGCUGAAGCUGUCAGAAGAACAAGGGAGUGUUCCCAAAGGCCCACCUAGAAACGUGCCCUGUGAACAACCCUCAGUGCCCACAGAGAAUGAGAAGCCAGAAGCUGCAGGCCCAGAGCCAAGCUCCUCUGGAGAGGAGACUCCAGAUGCUGCCCUGACAGGCCUAAAGGAGAAGAGAGAGCAGCUUCCCUACCAGGAGGAUUCUAAGGUAACUAAACAAGACAAGAACCUCAUAAAGCCUCUUUAUGACCGAUACAGAAUUAUCAAGCAAAUCUUGUCAACACCUUCCCUUAUUCCAACAAUUCAGGAGGAAGAAGACUCUGAUGAAGACUGUCCACAGGGAAGCCAACUACCUUCUUUGCCAGAUCCAGCAUCUCACCUUCCCGUCGGUGACCAACUCACCUACUCUACUGAGACUGAGCCUGUUAGGGUCCUCCUACCAGAUGAAAAGAAAGAAGUAAAGCAACCAGCUCUCUCCAUGUCCAACUUACAUGAGGCCACCAUGCCUGUACUUCUUGACCACCUCCGAGAAACUAGGGCUGACAAGAAGAGAUUGCGGAAAGCCUUAAGAGAAUUUGAAGAACAGUUUUUUAAACAAACAGGAAGAAGUCCACAAAAAGAAGAUAGAAUACCAAUGGCAGAUGAAUAUUAUGAAUACAAGCACAUAAAAGCCAAACUGAGACUAUUAGAGGUCCUUAUCAGCAAGCAAGAUGUGGCCAAAACUAUCUGAGGUUCAGGAAAUGUUUGUGCUUACUUUUACUCAAGAUAGUCAAAAGUCAAGUUUAUUUCCCUUGCUAUUCUUGCUAAGCAGCUUUGACAUACUGAAAAUGGAUGCACUUUAGUGGUAAUAUUAGCUGUUUUUAAGAACAGACAGCAAGUAACUAUGAGGUAUGCCUCAUUGAGAAGGGAUUUAAAUGGGGGGAAAAUACAACAGGUAGUCACAUAAUUGGAAAUAAGCUGUAUCUCCUCCAUGUCAAGGAGAAAAUUUAGUCAAUACAAUUAUUUCAGAAAACAUCUAAUGUUUUAUUAAAUCUAAACAACAUAGCUAGGCCACUUGUUAGGUAAAGUAUAUUUAGUGUCCAAAGAUUGUUAUGAUGUAUGAAAUACAGCAUGAUUUUAAAAAAAUCAGUGAGAGGAGGAAAAGAAAUUCUCCUUGUUAUGUAGGAAGGACUACAGAUACUAAGAAAGAAUAGAUUUUUAAGUGAUAAAACACCUACUACCUUGUCCCUUAAGUCUGCUAGGCUUUUAGUACCCUAAAAUAUACUAGAAUGUGUCACUGCUAAUUUUUUAUUUCUAUAUAAAAAUAUAUUAUUUUAUCUGUUAUUUGAAAUUUUACAUUUCUGGUUACCAAAGUUCAUUCUAAUAGCAUGUACUUUGUGAAUUAUUAUCUUUGUCUAUAAUUGAGAUAUUUAUAUUGUAUUAAAAUUUUAAAAUAGGUAUUUUGGAUAGAUAUGUGUCUGCAGGAUAUAAUAUAAUGUGACCAUAGUAUUAUUGCUAAUCUUUUUGUUUACUAUAAGAUUAUAUAACUAUUUUUCCAUUGGGAAUAUGCAUUUUUCUUAAUGUUCUAAGGUCUAUACUUUGUAAAGUCAAAAAACUUUCUCAUGAACUGUAGUUAUUUGUCAUUCUAUACAAAAUGAAAGGUUUGCCAUGACACCGUGGAAAAGAAUCCAGAAUAUUUUAUUUGCCUCAUCAACUUUAGUGUAUAUUAUUUUGUACUAAAACACAUUUAUUUUGGUUUUUGUAAAAACAAGUAAAAGGUCAACAAUUUUUCUUAAGUACCAACCAUGUUUGUAUUUCUAUUUUCUGUAAUGUUGAAGAAAUUCACAUUUCCAUAGAGUUUGGAUGGGAAGAAUAUUGACUAUUUCAGAAGCAGACUAUUUCAGAGGCUUAUUGUUUUUUCUGUAUUCAUCUGACAUUUUAUAACUUUUAUGAAUCAGAAUAGUGUCCUUCAUAAAUUUGUUUAAUUGAAGACAUCUACUUGUAACAGGACAGAUACACAACUAUUUGAGGUUUACAAAUUACAUCUUUGAUAAGGGAAAUGGUUUCGUGACAUGUAUACAAUUGCUAUUAAAAUGUAACUCUAUAUAUUCUAUAUGAUUGUAAAUAUUUUAUACAAUGCAAAUAAAAUAUUUUUCUAUUAUAUUUA